GGCGCGGGGCGGGACUCUGGGCCGCUGGGCGUGCGUGCUGGGACUCCCGGCCGCGGGGGCGCGUGCUGAGACCCCGCCGCCCUGGCUGGCCUUGGCAAGCGCUGCGCGCUCACCAUGGCGGGCCCCGCGCCGGGGCGGCGGCUGCGGCCGCUGGCAGCGCUGGCCCUGGUCCUAGCGCUGGCCCCGGGACUGCCCACAGCCCGGGCUGGGCAGACUCCGCGCCCUGCCAAGCGGGGGCCCCCAGUGCGGCUUUUUACCGAGGAAGAGCUGGCCCGCUAUGGCGGGGAGGAGGAAGAUCAGCCCAUCUACUUGGCAGUGAAGGGAGUGGUGUUUGAUGUCACCUCCGGAAAGGAGUUUUAUGGACGAGGAGCCCCUUACAAUGCCUUGACCGGGAAAGACUCCACUAGAGGGGUAGCCAAGAUGUCCUUGGAUCCUGCAGACCUCACCCAUGACACUACGGGUCUCACGGCCAAGGAACUAGAGGCCCUGGAUGAGGUCUUCACCAAAGUGUACAAAGCCAAAUACCCCAUCGUUGGCUACACAGCCCGGAGAAUUCUCAAUGAGGAUGGCAGCCCUAACCUGGACUUUAAGCCUGAAGACCAGCCCCAUUUCGACAUCAAGGAUGAGUUCUGAUGUUCCACCUGCAGGAGCAGGUUCUUGGAAGAAUGAGGCAGGAAGACACUAGGUGCUGAAUCUCCUGCAAAACGGGCUGCCUGGAGCCCCUGAGCCACACAGAUCCGAAUAAAACAGAUGCUUACCCUGGAAGA